AGUAAUACUUUCAAUCCACCUUCUCAUGCAGCCUAUAUUACAUAUCGUAAUGAACAGGAAGCAUCAAUGGCCAUACUAGUAAGCAUUUUUCAAUAACUUAUCGGCUUGUGAAGGAUUUCCUUUACAUGAUAGAUUGGUCAAAGCCUCUUUUGGAACCACCAAAUACUGUACCAAUUUCUUGAAAGGACAAUAAUGUAAAAUCAAAGAUUGUGUUUAUUUACACUAGCAUCCAAAAGACAAGGAAUCAACAUAAGUUAUUAAAAAAGUAAUUAUAUUCCUUUUUAUCAUCCUAGGAAGAAAUGAACAAUUCUAAAUGGUUAUUCUCUUAUUCUCAAAGAUUAGCUUAAAUUAAUUUCAAAAAAUUCUAUACUAAAAUUAAUUAUAAAGCUGCUCUUUAAAAAUCUAUCUUUCUGAAUACACAAAAUAUACUAGAUCGAAUGAUAGCAUAUAAAAUAGUUGAUCGUCAUAUGGAAUAGCCUCAACAAUAAUAAACAAAUGAAGAGACUAUUUUAGUAUAAAUGUCUGAUAAAUAUGUUGAUACAAUUUCUCCAUAAAAACCAUUAGAUAUGGAAAAGAGAUUGGAAGACAUAAUUCAAAAGAGUAUUUUUAGAAUGUUAUUUAGUGGAUGGAGAUAGUAAUUCUAGAUUCAAAUUUACAAAAAGUACAAAUGUUCCAGAAGAUUAAGAAGCUAUAAAUCAAUUAAAGUAGUUUAUUUUAAAAUGA